GGGGUAACGGAUCAGGGUUAACAGUGACUGUGCUGAACUUAAACUUAGACACUGACCUGAAAAGUGCAAACACACACACUUUAUUACCUCUAGGUAGCUUUUAAGGACGGACGGGACUCUCUUACUUCAGCGGUAGUUUAUCGGCGGUGGUAUUUGGAUCAGGAUGAGUGGCGGGACUCCGUAUAUCGGCAGUAAGAUCAGUCUGAUCUCAAAAGCUGAGAUUCGCUAUGAGGGAAUUCUCUACACCAUCGAUACUGAAAACUCUACUGUCGCUCUGGCUAAAGUGCGCUCUUUUGGAACUGAGGAUCGUCCCACGGACAGGCCUAUCCUGCCAAGAGAUGAGACAUAUGAGUAUAUCAUUUUUAGAGGCAGUGACAUUAAAGAUCUGACAGUUUGUGAGCCUCCCAAACCAACUCUGCCUCAGGACCCUGCUAUUGUUCAGUCUUCUCUGGGAUCUGCACCUGUGCCCACAUCUUUUCAAGCUGGAGGCUCAUAUGGGCUGUUCAAACAGGCUCCAAUGUCUCCCUAUAGGCAGUUUACUGCCAGUCCAUUGGUUUCACCACCAUUUGGGGCUGUUGGAGGUCGCAGCAGUCCUGCUAUGGACCCCCUGCAGAAGAGUCCUCCUGUUGAGCCAUUAGCACCGCCGGCCUCGUCAGGCAGCAGUGCAGCCCCAGCGAGUCGUAGAAGCCCCAUCGGCACCUCACGGAUCAGUGCGGCUGUGACUCAGAAGUCCCUGGAUGCACCAGAACAUAGGAGAGGCACCGAUGCUUCAAAAGUGGCCUCCCGUCCAGAGUCUCAUCAUUCAAGAGGGGAAAGCAAGGAUGUCCCUAAACGGCAGCCAGCUGGUGGGCCACCACCUAUGCGCCGUGGUCGGGGUGGAGGGCAUCGUGGGAGAGGCCGUUACCCUGUGAGGAGAGAUGGGCCAAUGAAAUUCGAAAAAGAUUUUGACUUUGAGAGCGCCAAUGCCCAGUUUAACAAGGAGGAGAUUGAUAAGGAGUUCCAGAGCAAACUUAAACUGAAAGAUGAGAAGCCAGAGAAGGCACUGAAUGGAGAGGAUAAAGGUGAUUCAGGAGUGGAUACUCAAAACAGUGAAGGUAACGCUGAUGAGGAGGAUCCAUUAGGACCCAACUGUUACUACGACAAGACCAAGUCCUUCUUUGACAACAUCUCCAGUGAUGACGCUAGGGAGAGAAGGCAAACAUGGGCAGAGGAGAGGCGGAUGAAUGCUGAGACAUUUGGAAUCCCUUUUCGUCACAACAGAAACCGUGGUGGAUACAGGGGGCGUGGGAACAUGGGCUUUCGUGGAGGACGUGGUAGAGGAUCUGGUCGUGGAUCUUAUGGACCACCACACGGUGGUAGCGGCUUCAGGGGUGGUUUUAGAGGAAGCCACGAAGGAAGAGAAUUUGCCAGUUUUGAAUACAGGAAGGACAACAAAGUUGCUGCAUAGUGCAAACCGGGUCUGGAUUCACAAGAUCUUAAGGGUGUAUGUUUUUUAACACUACGUUUGAGGAGGAAUGAAGUUAAAUGUACUAGUUGUAUAUUUGUCACCAGCACUGGUAUAGACCACUGGAGGAGUGGAUUUAAAUGCAAUUGCUUUUCGUUUCAGCCUUUUGAAAUCUCAAUCUGACAAGAAUAUUUCCAUAUGUAUGAAUUGGUGGAAACAUAUUUUAAAAGGAUGUUUAGUACUAAACCUGUAUUUAAUAAUCUGUUGAAUUUGGUGGGAGAAAACAGUGUACAGAUGCCUUUGAUGAGUAAAAUAACUUCAUUAUUAUUUAAAAUCGAACUUUAGUUCCAACUUUCUACUGUUAUUUUGUACUAACUCAUUCUUCAAGCCAGUCUGAAGAAUGCCAUGUGGUUGGACACUAAUCAAGCUCCUCUGGUACAUUCAUGAUUCAUGUUGGAUAUCUUCACAAUUGGGUGUGUGUUCCUAGUUUAAGGAAAUCUGUGUAAGCUAGUGAUUGCCAGUGGUUCUAAAUUACUGGAUGACUGUAACCCCAAACAGACAUUUUUGAAUGAUUUUCUCAUGCUUGGCAUCUGAAUUUGAAUGGAAUUAAUAAAUAUAUGCACUUAAGGCAUGCUUGACUUGGUACACCUGCCUGGUAGCUGUACUUAAUACUUAGCUGUUCUUCAAGCGGUAGAUUGAGAUGUUCAUUCAGUUUCAGCACCGUGAUGGAAAAUAUAUAGAAAAAUGGUGGAAAACUGCUGUAAAAAGUUGGCUAUAGAUAUAGUUUAUUAAAAAUGAAUGUUCUAACCCCAAUCUGACCUACCUGUGCAAACUUUCCAAACAGUACUACUAAAACAUAAUCACUUCUCUCCAAGGCUCACCCUUUAACAGUGAUAAUAAAGUCAUAUUUCUAAUGUAUAGCAGCAGUCUAGUAUACAGCAAUAUCUCUAACAAAUAUUAAUGUUUCACACAGCUUACGAGCUUAAUCACUGGCACUACUGGGUUCGCCUAUAAGGUAACCACUAGGAUUGCUCUAUCAGCACUAUUUCUUAUUAGAGUAUUUGUUGAUUCAUUCAUAGUCAGUGUUAAUGUUUUGUCCAUAAAAAGAAGCUGCACCAGCAUAGUGAAUUGGUGAAUUUAAUGUCUUGGAAGUUUAUAUAACAAAAAAUUUGGUCUAGAAUUGUUGCAGAUGGCUGUUUACUUUAAUCGGUUGUUGUUUUCUCUUGUUUUGUCUAUACUGCUGUUUCUAUGUGCAGUGUUGUUCAUUCCUAAUAGGUCAGGAUUCAGUGGGACAUUCUGUAGAUAACAUUCUACAGAAUUGUUUUCACCGUUGCUCAGUACUUGUCUACUUCGUGAAAUCUGUCAACACUGUGCUGUUCACUUACCAAGCACUUUAUAUGUUCAUUAUUCUAUAAACUACACCUGCCAUACAGAAACUUUGUGGGUAUAUAAUUAUUGUAGUCUAUCUGUUGAUCUGUAGAAUUUUGUAAUCUUUAAUAGAUCCCCCAUUGACCAGAUAAUGUUUGGAUGGUGGACCAUUCUCAGCACGGCAAUAACACUAAUAUGGUAAUGACAUGACGGUGUGUUGUUUUGGUAUGAAAGUAUCAGGUGUAGCUGUGUUGAUGGGAUUAUUAUUUAAACUUGCUGGCCUGUUUAAUAGCAAAACAUACCCGCUCAGCUCUUGUUGUAGGUAUUUUAUCAGUGGACACUUUUUGACUACAGGUUGCUGUUGGCUUUUUUUGGUUGGAGCACUAAUCCUUUACAAGCACUGACACUGAGAUAAUAAAAAAUCUAAACAACACUGCCGGACCUGAUGCACUAAUACCAGAACACACUGUACCAUGUUACUGUCAGUGGCCACCACUCAAAUAACAUCUGGUCUGUGAGGGUACCUUGAAAUUAAUAAAGGUGUACAGGGGGUGACAAACGAACAGAAAAACAUGGACUGCAGUCAGUGAUUGUAUACUCAUUGUAAGUCGAUUUGAAUGAUGGGUGUAAUCCAGAAAGGAAUUCGUAAAUGUGUGUACCUAAUAGUGCUUGGCAAGUGUGUUAUUUAAAACUGCUAGCUUUGCAUAUGAACACUGCAUUUCUUGCUAACCUAUUGAAGACUCAUGGUUCAUUAAAUACUCUUUGUGAGUUUUGAUUUGCUUAAAAAUGUAUCUUUAAUAUAUUUAACAAUACGGAUAGUCUAAUUCCACUUUUUGGUUAGUUAAGCAAGCAUGUCAGGACAGUAUAAGGUUGGUAUGGUAACACAAUUUAAGGACUAUGCAUAAUUCACCUAGAUAAAAAUUUUUUAUUAACGUUAUAUAGAUAAAUGUUUUCUGACAGUUUUUAUUAGGUGUGAAGAUGGGUAAUACUUAGUAAAAGUACUGAACCUCACACCAAGCCCUAAAAUGUUUCAUUCAUGUUUAUAAAGUUGCAGCUGAUUGGAUUUUUAUUCAAGUUUAAAUUUUGCUUUGUAUGACAGAAUAGCUUCAUCUUCAAAAAUAUUCUUGUUUGGUUUUGCUUCCACUGGUUGUCAUUUAAUCAUUUAUUGGUUGGUUGUCAUGUUUUCUUAACUAAUUUAUUGGACAUAUUUCAUCUCCUCUGACUGUUCGGUAUCUUUUUUGAGUAAUACAGAGAGAGUCUUUGUAACGAUAUUCUACUGGUUCUAGAUUUACUAGCUGAAUAACCGUAACUCAAUAACUGGUAUAUUUCAUUUAAUUGGCCAUUUUUAUUUUCCAUCAAAGUUUGCAUUAACUACAGAUCUGUUGCUCCAGUGUAUUUAUAUUAAUGUAAGCAAUAAUAAUGUUUAUUGUUCUAAGGACUGAACAACUGUCUGUUUGCUUAGUAAGAAACGUUUUCUGGCUGAUGUGUAAUGCCAUAAUAUUAAAAUACAAAUUAUAGAGCAAAACAUGCUUUUUAUUGUGCAGAAUUGUUUAGAAACAUACUCUUCACUUCACCUCUUACUGUCUGGUUUUAUUUGAGGGCCUAUUGUACUUCAGCAUGGCAAUGCAGGAAAAAAGUCAGUUCUAAUAAAGUGAAGUUAUUGGUGAGCAACAUUUAAAAAAAUGUCACAGCUUAUAAUGGUUGCACAUUAUCCAAACCGCUAAGCUGGCAAUUAAUAUUUUACUACAAGUUCAAAAAUUUUAAGAGUUAUUUUCCAAGCGUAUGUAAAAUCCAGUUGUAAUUCAGGUAUACAGCAGUUCCUGCUGAUUUAAUUAUCCAUGAUUUCUUAUUAGACUUUUAUAUUAUACAAAUAUCAACUUGUAUUCUCUUGUUAGACGGGCAUGUUAAUAUGGUCACAAACUCAUGACUUAAUGUAUGGCAAUGCUUGUUAGGCAGAUGCAGUUUAAAAAAUAUUCUGUCAAUGUUUAAAUAUCACCACUUAAUUUCUUUGCUAGUUUAAAUUAGCAUUUUGUUCUGUUAUUUGCAUCUGCAGUAAUGUUCAUGUCCAAACCCAGCAUGAUGGGUGUGGAUUUAAGUGGAGGGAUUUUUAUUCUGAUACACCAAUAAACUAUUCAUUGUUACCUGA